CAAACACUUUCUGCCAUUCAAAGAUGACUAUUGGUGCUUCAGAAACCUACUAAGACAGGCUGGAUCCAUGGUACUAGGUCGAACGUGCAUUUAGAAGUCUUGAGCUCACCUGGUAACUGACCAAUUUCAACGGUGAACAUGGGGUAUCACAGAAGGCUCUCGUCGGCCGUCCUUCUACUUCUCAUUGUUAGCACAUCAGUAUCGCUAGCAGUCGCCGGCUCUGCCGCUUCGAGUCCCUCACAUUUCGAGGCCUUCAUGCGAAAGACACUCGGGCUUCCCCUGGAGCCGAGACAACAGCAGAAGGAGCGCAUUCUAGCAGAAGACACGCGCGGCAUUGCGAGAGAAUCCAACGGUGACGAUGACGCGGAGCGGAACGAGCGGCUGCUGCUCGACACGGCGACGAAGCUGGGUCUGGCGGCGCCGCCGCUCAGCUCGGGGCCGAGCAUGGCGGUGGUGAACAUGUCGUUCUACCGCUGGGAGAGCGUCGCGCCGCCGCCCGUCGUCGACUGGCGCACGACUGCCGCCAUCACGCCCAUCCAGACUCAGUUUUCGUGCUCAAGCUGUUGGGCAAUCGCAGCCGUCGACUCUAUCUCCAUGAUGUGGGCGAUUGCCAAAAACGCCGCCGCAGAUCCGCUGUCGCCGCAGCAGGUGUGCGACUGUGCGACGAAGCAGUGCUGCCUGGGCGGCUGGCCCGACUGGGCGUUUUCCUACGUGCUCUUCAACGGCGGAAUCACCUCCAACACCAACUACCCGUACCUGGCGUACGAUUCUGACACGUGUCUGCUCGACACAACCAUGCCGUCCACGGCGCAAAUCACGGGGUGGGAGCUGGUGCCAGCGUUCAACCGCAUGGCGCUCAUGAAGGCCGUCUCGAAGCAGCCGGUCGUCGCAUUUCUCAGCGCGUCGACUCCAGACUUCGCGAUGUACAAGAGCCAAGAUACGCUCAACAUUUACAACGGGCUGUGCACGACGGAGGUGAACCACGCGGUGGUGGUGGUUGGAUUCAACUACACGGGGCCGGAUCUGAAAGGAAGCUACUGGAUAAUCAAGAACUCGUGGUUUGCUACGUGGGGCGACCACGGCUACAUGUACCUCACGAUGUCGCCCGACGUGCGCGGGAAAUGCGGGAUCCUCUCAACCCCCGCCAUGUACCCCGUCUACUUCCCAUCGGGGCAGCAGCCGGCGCGCUUCUCGUCCGACAAGCGUGGCAAGUGGAACAUCAACAAAGUGGACGACCUCUCGUCGUCGCUCUUCGCCUCGACUCUCUCCAUCGAUACAACCACGAGCACGACCAGCACCACGACCAGUACUAGCACCGCGACGGUUGCGUCUUUUAGCGACCCGACGUCCUCGCUGCUGAUUGGUUCAUCCACCGACUCUUCCCUCAAGACAACCACGCAGACUUCGACGGCGUGCACGGGUAUGAUCAACCCUUGCGGCGGGGGGAGUUGCUACAUGAGCGGCGGAAUCCCGCGGUGCAACUGCAGCGCGCUCACGACUUUCGUUGAGGUGCUGGGCGUCCCCACGUCAAAAUGCGUGCCGCGAUAUCCGUGCUUGGCUGCCCUUGUGAAUCCCUGCGGCGGCGGAACAUGCUCAGAUGUGGGCGACGGGACGUACACCUGCGCGUGCGCAUCGGGUUACGCCAUCGGCGCUGCCGUGGACGGUUCGCCAACGUGCAUGCCUGCCGCUGGGCUCGCGAAAUCCUACGUUACCCUCCCUGGCGACAACUGCACGACGGUCGCGACAGCUUUCGGGAUUUCGACCUCCACCCUAACCGCUCUCAACACGUUUAUCAACUGCUCCGUUACAGAAUACCUUCCUCCUGGGAUUGCGCUUACUGUAUCUGGAUCUGUGACUUCCUUAUCCUCUUAUUGCACGACCACAUACACUGUCCGACCUUCAGACACCUGCUACACUAUAGCGAAUAAUUUCUUCAACGGUUCGCUAACUGCACUCGCCACGAACAACCCCGGCUUAUCCUGCAAGCGCCUGUUCAAGUCGCAGCAGAUUUGUCUUGAAAUGAUUCCGGCAUCGACUACAUCGUCUGCUGUACAAUGUGGGCAAAGCGUUGCGGUGCUCAUUGGAGACACGUGCGCUUCACUCGCCACUAAAUAUAUUAUCAGCACAUCAACUUUUGUGACCCUCAACCCGGGUCUCAACUGCAGCAGCACCCUCACUGUUGGAUCCUACGUCUGUGUGGCACCAAAAUCAUCCGCUACGACCAUCAACUGCACGGGCUUCUAUCGUGUGAUGCAGGGCGACACAUGCCCCUCUAUUUGGAAUGGAGCCAACCUCACCAUGUCCAUGUUCCUCGCCAUCAACCCCGGCAUCCAGUGCCAGGCUCCCUACCUUGCCAUUGGCCAGCAGGUCUGCAUCGACUCACCCAUCCUGACAACUAUGCAGAGAGCACCCAACGUGUCCUACACCAUCCACACCGUCCGCACCGACGAAACCAUCGCUGACAUCUCAUCCAUCUACGUGCCUCGCUGCACGUCCACCUCCAUCUCUCCUGUUGCCAUCGCAGCUGCCAAUUUCAUCGCCAAUGCAUCGGCUCCUCUUGUCGCUGGCACCAACCUCAUCAUCCCCUGUAUAGGCAAGAUCGGUGCCAUUGACUGUGGCUGCGCAACGUCUCUCUCUGUGUGCGGAUCUGAUUUGGUCACCUACCCAUCGUACUGCGAUGCCCUCUGUAACUUCGCCGUUCCAGUAGUAGCAGACCAGCCUUGUGCCGGAGGAUGCGUCAGCGCCUGCUUCAACCGCAUGGGCCUGGCUCCUCUCGCUGGCUAUGGCUGCACUUAUGCCAUCUGCCCCUAUCCCACCUGGCCGUUUCCCGCCACUUCAGAUUGCAGUAUAAUGAUGGGUAACGUCACGGGUCCUUGCUGCAAGUACCGGGAUAAUGCAUGCCAGCAAGAGUGCACUGAUACGGCGGCUACACUUGGGGGGACUACCACUCAACGGACCAACAACUACAACUCGUGCUACAGCCAGUGCAUGUGCUGCAGUGGCGUUUCCUGUGGUGCAGGGACCUGCAAAGCGCCCUCUUCCUGUUGGAGUGCCAGCCCGCGCCAGUGCACCUACAGCAGCUACACCUACUGGUGGAACUGCACUUAUUUCCCCCCAGACAAUCCUUUGCCUUGAAGCCCAAGAAUUGAGGACAUCUGUUGGAGUCAUAGCAGGGCACUAUGGUUUUCGAAAUGGUUUGUUUUCAUUGAAUCUCCUGCCCUUCUAGUUAACCUCAGUGCAGGACCGUUUGCAUUGCUUUGUUGUAAAUUAUUAAUGUUCAACAAACUAGGAUCCUGAUUUUGUAAAGCCCUUUGUGACAUUGCGAUUCGUUUCAAGCC